AGUAUGCCACACAUUGAGCUAGUACCCGAUCGGAAGUUGUUGAAAACGAAUUUCGAUGGAUACAUCCUGUCGCUCGAGCCGGUUCCGAUGCUUACGGUGGACUUUUCCGCCACAAACUGCCCCCACCGUUUAAAGCCGAACGAGCAGCAAUAUUCGUACUACCAUGCACGGCUGUUCGGCAUGCAGAAUCAUCUCGUCCGGGACCCGUGGGCAACCGGGGUUUGCUAUUACAUCGAUGUAACCGGCAUGGUACAGCGCGUGUAUUACGACAAUACGCUCGGUCGAAUCCGUCCGCUGGUGGCGGUGUUUAAGCUACCGUUUCCAACCGUCGAUCUGGCACCGGACGAUGACCGAUACAACUGUUCGCUCGUGUUUCCGUCUGAGCAGUUGUGCCUGCUCUCGGACGGAUGUGGUACGGUGCGUGUGCUGGAAACCGGUGACCGAACAGCUGGCCGCGAGUGGAAGCAGCAGAGCGCAAUCCGUCCGAGGGAGUGCGAACUGGCGGAAGGUAUGCUACCCGGCGGUAGUAUCCUGCUGGAUGGGCGAUUUCUUGUACAGGAUGGGAAACGUUUGCUGCACUUCGUGCUGCUACAGGUCGAACAUAACGCGAUGGAAAAAUCGAAAUCUCUGCUGCAUUGGAUAACACUCGAACAACAGUCAACCGGUUCCACGUGGACUUUAACCGUUUCGCGAACACUGGAAAGUGCCGGUUAUCCGAGGUACUGCGUGCUUGAUUACCAUGCAACGGGUGUAUUGGUGGCGUGCGAUGAACCAUUUCGCUUUCGGCACGAUUCCAACAAACCCAUCCUUCCACCGGAACCGGAACCGGUAAGCGUUGAUCCAACGGAAAAGCCUGCCUGGGAACGGUUUCCCUUCCGGUGGACACAAACGCUGGACGAAAUUAGCGUGACGUUCGAUAAGCAUCCCACGGUACUGUAUCGUGUUGUGACCGAAUCGCCCGGUGGCGAAAGCGAUCUCAAGGUGUUUGCCAACGAUGUGCUCCUGAUUGAUGGGACGCAACUGUACGCAACGAUCGAUCACGAACAGACGGUUUGGGCAAUGGAUCGGAACAUCCUGGAGAUAACACUACACAAGCAGGCGACUGGUGCGUUAUGGCCGUUCCUCUUUCCCGGCGGUCCGGAUGAAACAGGUGCACCCGGUGAACCUGAUAAUCCAUCGCCUGCAACCGAUUUACCGCCCGCCACGAACCUAAACGCACCACUAGAGGCGUGUGAUUUCGAGGGCGAACAGGACACCUACUACACACUGGAACGGUUGUCCUGCGCGAAUCACGAAGUCACGCACACCGUAUCACUUGGCAGUGGUCCACCACUGUUUACGGUAGCGUUACGUGCCGGGCUGCCAGCAUCCUUUGCCCUCCGGCACGAUGUCGAUGCAUGCCUUUGGCAGUUGCAGCCCGUUCCGUUUGGUUCGGACAGCUACCGGUUUCAGCACGAGGGCACACUGCACGCGUUCGGGUACGUGCAGGCAUCCAAGCGUCAGCAGAAGUAUCUAAACUGUCCUCCCGGCAUGGAGUACGCAGCGAUCUGUGAGUCGCACCGCAGCCUCUACAUCUACAAAGCGAACUAUGGCGGUGCUGGUUUGCGCAACCGUACCGGGCCGCAGGUUGCGAUCGGGCAGUAUCAGUUUGUGAGCCUCAAGGAUACGGGCGAGGUGUUGGGCAUUAGCUGUGAGGAUGAUGUGCUGAUGUUGCUCACCGAGAAGGCACUUCUAGCGCUACAAAUUACCAGCGCAUAA